CCCAGCAACACAAUGCACAAGCUUCGAUUCGAGCAAAGCUCAUAGACAACAGCACAAAGAUCAUUUAAAUCAGAAGUCUGACUUCGGACAGAAAUAGCAGAAAACAAUGGCUUCUUUCUCCAUGGAGGAUUUUGUUGGAAAUGGAGCUCUAAAAGAGCUGCUACCGAAGUUGGUUGAAGAAGGGUGGGAUGAUGUGCCGACCUUGAAGCUCAUGAACUCAGAGGACAUGGAUGCAGUUUCCAUGACACAACAGCAAAAGGAUUCGCUGGAGAUCAGAUCCUACUUGCACGACCGUGCGUUGUUGCAGUAUGGAGACCGGCUUGAGGCCUCUGGAAGAUCCCUGCCUGAGCUUUUGAACCUGAGCACCGGCGAUCUUUCUUCGCAGUUUGGGAUGAAGAGAGGCCACAUGGCCCGGUUUAUGGACAGGACAAGCCCCUGUGCAGACCCUCUGCCUAAAUCCUAUGUGGUUUCGGCACAAGGAGGAUCGCAUGCUAAUGUGCCUUCCAGGACCAAUAGCUUGUACCAAAGUCUUUCGUCAGCAAACUUUAGGAAGAUGAGCCUGACAAGAUUGUCCAUGAAAAGUAGUACUGGUACCAAUGAUAAGUCUCUGGAGAAGUCACUGUCAGAUCUUAGGAUCAAGGACGGGCACGUCUUUAAAGGGAUCAUUGCGGCAGGGCCUGCCGGGCCUCGAGCCUGUGGCUGCGUCAGUGCUCCUCCUGUAACCAAUCAGAUUGCUCCGUACUCUGCUGUUGAGAACAUAUCGGUCCAGAAAUUAACACCAGAGCAUAAGAUCGCAAUGGAGCGCCUGGUGAAGACUAGAACGCCUCCGAUGAAGGCCUCGGAGCUCUGGCGAGACAAGCCAGCUGUCUUCCUCUGCAUAAGACGGCCAGGGUGCAUCAUGUGCAGAGCCGAAGCCUACCAACUCUAUUCGAAAAAGCCCAUCUUUGACGCUCUCGGGGUCCAACUAUUUGCAGUUCUUCAUGAACACAUCGAAUCAGAGGUUAAAGAUUUCUGGCCCCGGUACUGGGGCGGCGUCGUGCUCUACGAUCGCGGGAUGGAGUUUUUCAAAGCGCUUGGCGGCGGGAAGCUGCUCAAGGACAAGUUCAUGUCGGGGUUCCUUCUCAACCCGAUAGCGAUAGCUAAUUACAAGCGCGCAAAAGCAAUAGGGGCCAAGCAGAAUUUCAAAGGAGAAGGCGAGAUAAAAGGCGGGCUCUUUAUAGUUGGGAGUGGCAAGAGUGGGAUUGCUUAUCAGUUCAUUGAGAGGAACUUCGGUGAUUGGGCUCCUCUAGCUGAAGUUGUCGAGAUCUGUAGUCAAUUGCAGAAUCCACAUCAAAAUCAAGGGGAGCCUUCACAUGAAUAUCAAAUUUUGUAACAAUUUUGGUCUUAUGUUGCUGUGAAUUCUGCAAACAAAAGAGACAGUUUUGUUGCGAGGAUCAGCAUAGACUAAGCUCUGAGUAUUCAUUAGUUUGUUCAUCAAUGAUAUUCUGGGGUUGUAGUUUUGGCCUGAAUGAAAUGACUGGCAUUUGGAGA